UUGGAACGUCUCACAUCGUGCAUACAAACUUUCAGGAAAGAUGAAGCUCUCGAUUGUUGCGGUUAUUGCUUUUCUAGCAACGGUGGCAACAUGUCAAAAUUUAACGGAAAUCGUACACAUCGAUAAGGGACCGGUCCGAGGUUUUGUAACGAAGACUGCGUUUCACAAUAUACCGUAUUCAGCCUUCUUAGGAAUUCCUUACGCGAAACCACCUGUGGGAGACCUCAGAUUCAAGGCUCCUGUUGAAAUAAAUCCCUGGACGAAUGUGUACAAAGCCAUAUUAGAGCGCGAUGCGUGUCCCCAAAUACAAGAGGGCAAAUACGACGGAAGUGAAGAUUGCCUGCACCUGAAUGUAUACACUCCCAGGACGGAUUUCACCAGAAACGCAACCCUAAAGCCGGUGUUGGUAUGGAUACACGGUGGUGGAUUCAUAAAUGGAGUCAAUGCUAAGGAUGUUUACGGCCCUGACUGGUAUAUUGAAGAAGAUGUCAUCAUGGUCGCGAUGAAGUAUCGUCUUGGUCCUUUAGGAUUUUUGUCACUGGAUCAUCCUGACGCACGAGGAAAUCAAGGUUUGAAGGAUCAGAAUAUGGCUCUGCGUUGGGUGCAAAAGAACAUCGCCAAAUUCGGCGGAGAUCCUAAUCGAGUGACCAUACAAGGAGAGAGUGCUGGCGCAGUGUCGACAAGUUAUCAUUUAAUGUCAAAGCAAUCGAAAGGUCUGUUCCAUCAGGCCAUAGUUCAAAGCGGUUCUAGUUUGUGCCCUUGGGGAUACAAGUCACCAGCAGCUUCUCGUUGGACUAGCUAUGUUUUAGGUAAAAACAUGAAUAUUUCAGCGGACAAUGACGAUCAGCUGCUGAAAGCACUGAAGAAGGCUGAUGUACGCGAUAUAAUCACUGUUGCAACUCCUAUGACCAAUGAAAACAUACCGCUUCCGCUCAGAAUAGCAUUCGUGCCUACCACCGAAAGUGGACCUGACGCAUUCGUAGAAGAUUGUCCUUUAUCAUACUUCGAGUCUGGAAACUUCAAUCAAGUGCCUACUUUGCUAGGCUACACAGCACAAGAGUCAAUUUUGUACUCGCUAGGAUUGGAUUUUGAACGACAGAGCAUUCAAGCCAAGUUGCUGAGUGGAUCUUCACUUGUAGAUCUUACAGGUCACAACCACCUUUUCAUAAAUACAAUGAACGCUAUUGUGAACGACACCGUGUGGGAAAUGAUAAAGGCUUCAUCAUUGUACGUCUUUUCUGGUCCAAUGGAUCUCAUGCAUAGGCUUUUGACCAAGAACCCUGGCCAUUUGCCUGUCUACUUCUAUCGACUGUCCUACGAUACAGAGUACAACUGGCACAGAGAAGUUAAUCCUAACAUUGGCGGUACGUCUCACGCCGACGAUCUUCCUAUGACGUUCUACUUUGGUGGGUAUCCCAAAGAUCCAAACCAUCCAAUUAAUGUUUACGCCAAGAAAGUCACUACAAUGUGGGUGAACUUCAUAAAAUACGGAAAUCCUACUCCGUUUGCAUCGAAAAUAAACGGAACACGUUGGAUAGCUUCAGGAAAGCAAGGACUGCAACUGGACUUGAGAAACGAUAACUUCGUAAUGAGCAAUCGCUUCAUCGUUGACCGCGACGCGUUAGUUAUGGAGAAGUAUUACAAUGGUUUACCUGUUACAUCGGAAUGCAAGAAUUAUCCAUUGAGCACCUCGAGAGGCGUGUUUAACUGAGACAUGCUGCCAA